AGUGACCCAAAAAAAAAAAAAAAAAAGCUCACUUGAACAUAGCACUAAAUUAUGAUUUACCAAGUUAAUCCACCAAAGUGAACGCUGACACCUUUGUCCUUAAAGCCACGAUUUUCAAGUAAACGACCUUGUGCUUCAUCUGGGAGAUUGUAAGGUAUUGAUGAUCAUUUGACUAAACCCCAAUUCUCAAUAAAAUGUGGAAGCUAAGCGAAUCCAUUUUGGGGGACAAUGAAGAGCAACAAGAUAAUCUGUUCGGUGAACAAGAAGGGCUUUGCUCUCUUUCCCCUUUACAGAGAGUCUAUGGUUUCGCUGCCUGCCUGCUCGCCGGCUUGGUUUGUAUGUUCCUGUCUUUGAUUGUUUUCGUCAAGCCCAUCAAGUUUGCCCUGUUGUUUACUUUUGGCAACAUGUUGGCUAUUGGGAGCACAGCUUUUCUCAUUGGACCUGUGCAGCAAAUAUCAAUGAUGAUGGAUCCUGUUCGUGUCUAUGCCACAGCCGUUUAUGUGGGAUGUGUUGUUUUGGCUCUCAUUUGUGCGCUGGUGAUCCACAGUAAGAUUUUGACACUACUUGCAAUCAUAUGCGAGAUAUGUGCCCUUAUCUGGUACAGUUUAAGUUAUAUUCCUUUUGCUCGUAGAAUGGUUUCAAAUGUUACUAUUCGGCUUUUUGACACUGAAAUCUAGUGGAUUCGAUGCUGAAGCAACAUCACUCCAGUACCUUUUCAGUGCUGGACUGUAGUCUACUCAACUUUGAACAGGUGCUUCCCUGCUGAUUAUUUUGAAGAAAUUGAUAAUUCUUUCUGGUUUUCCUCUGAUGACAAAGGGAACUCCACUUUUCAAUCAGGUGUGAAUGAAUUCGUUUGGACUGUUAACUUUUAUCCUGACAAAGAUUGUUUCCUGUGGUUUCUCUUCAUUUCGGAAAGUUAUGCGUGCUUUCUUCUUGUGCUGCCCUGCUCACCUCAUAGUUGCCCUAUGCCCUGAUUAACAAAUGACUUCACCCCCUCACACAACAAAUUAAAAACAUUAUCGAAAUUGAAUCAUAUCAAACUCUUGAUAUAUCUUCUCUA